AUGGCAAUCGGCGCUGUCGUUUCGCACCGGAAUUUCGGCUCCUUCAUCGGUUCAGGAAGACUAUGUCAUGGAGAAGCAAAUGCAGAAAGUAAGAGAGGUGGGCGCUUGAAAGUUGCUGUUGCAAGGCAUGUAAAAUUGCAUCAUCAUACAUGUGGAAGCUUUUCCUCGGGCCAUAUGUAUCAUUCAUCUCUUCAUACUAGAGAUCUACCAAACAAAGAGUUUUAUCGAUCCAGUUCAACAGAUUAUGUUAAAUUAGAUACUUCUAUCUCAAUGUGCUGUCAGCUCAGCAAAAAAAUUAAUAACGUUAAUGCUAGGAGAAGAAUUAGUGGGUUACACCGCUGCAGUUUUUCUCUACAUGAUGGCAACUGGAUUCAGCCGAGAAACUUGAAUAGUAUUGGCUUUAUUGAUGGUCAAAAGCUUACAUCAAAGCAUUCAAUAGUGACAAGGACCAGAGCGGAUUUCAAGUCCGAAGAGCAAGACAUAACGGGACCUAACCUGGGGUCACUAGCACCAACUGAGGGGAAAACUGAAGCUUUUAUAGUUGAAGAACCCGAGCAAACUAAACCGUGGUGGGAGCAGAUCCCAAAGCGCUUGGUCAUGGUGCUCCUUUGCUUUGCUGCAUUUCUGUUGUGCAACAUGGAUCGUGUGAACAUGAGCAUAGCAAUUCUCCCGAUGUCAAAGGAAUUCAACUGGAACAGUGCAACAGUUGGUCUAAUUCAGUCCUCUUUCUUCUGGGGUUAUCUGCUUACACAGAUUCUUGGAGGUAUAUGGGCUGAUACAAUAGGAGGGAAGCGUGUACUUGGUUUUGGAGUAGUUUGGUGGUCAGUUGCUACGGUUCUGACACCUAUUGCUGCCAGAAUCGGGCUACCUUUCUUACUGGUUGUCCGCGCCUUCAUGGGAAUUGGCGAGGGUGUUGCUAUGCCUGCUAUGAACAAUUUGUUAUCAAAAUGGAUUCCCGUCUCUGAGAGAAGCAGAUCUCUUGCUCUAGUGUACAGCGGGAUGUAUCUUGGAUCAGUUACCGGUUUGGCCGUUUCACCCGUUAUGAUCCACAAAUUCGGAUGGCCAUCUAUUUUCUAUGCAUUUGGAUCCCUUGGAAGUAUCUGGUUUGCACUAUGGUUGAGCAAAGCAUAUAGCUCGCCUAAAGACGAUCCAACACUCAGUCCUGAGGAAAAAGAACUGAUUCUGGGAGGCAGCAUAUCUAAAGAACCUGUUUCCAAAAUCCCAUGGAAAAAAAUCCUAUCAAAGGCGCCCGUCUGGGCCCUUAUUAUCUCCCAUUUCUGCCAUAAUUGGGGAACUUUUAUUCUUUUAACAUGGAUGCCUACUUAUUACAACCAGGUUUUGAAGUUCAACCUCACGGAAUCUGGACUAUUCUGCGUGCUUCCAUGGCUGACUAUGGCCGUGUUUGCUAAUAUCGGUGGUUGGAUUGCUGAUUCUCUUGUGAGCAGAGGAUUUUCUGUCACGUCAGUUCGUAAGAUAAUGCAGUCAAUUGGAUUUUUAGGUCCAGCCUUUUUCUUGACGCAACUCAGUCAUGUCAAUACGCCUGCCUUAGCCGUGCUAUGCAUGGCAUGCAGUCAGGGACUGGAUGCAUUCUCACAAUCAGGAUUAUACUCCAAUCACCAAGAUAUCGGACCACGUUACUCUGGAGUACUGUUGGGUCUGUCAAAUACUGCAGGUGUACUUGCUGGUGUCUUUGGCACUGCUGCUACUGGAUACAUACUCCAAGAAGGUUCUUGGGACGACGUAUUCAAAGUGGCUGUUGGUUUGUACAUCAUAGGCACAUUAGUGUGGAAUUUCUUUGCGACCGGGGAGAAAAUUCUGGACUAG